AUGGCUUCGGACGUCGUCCGCGAUGGCGUCUUCGCCAUCAAUAAGCCCUGCGGCAUGAGCUCUGCGCAGGUUAUCCGCGAGUGCCAGCAACACUUCAACCCCUCCGCCUUCUUCAAGCCCAUGAUCGACGCCGAGAUCGCCAAGCGCCUCAAGGAGUCGGGCGGCCAGUUCAGGCGCCGCAAAGUCGAGAAGAGAGCCUCCCAGGUCAAGAUUGGCCAUGGCGGCACCCUCGAUCCCCUCGCCACCGGCGUUCUCAUCCUUGGCGUUGGCACUGCGACCAAACUCCUGCCCCAGUUUCUCGACUGCACCAAAUCGUACGAGACCAUCGUCGUCUUCGGCGCCACCACCGACACCUACGAUCGAGUUGGUCGCAUCAUCACGAAGCGCCCAUACGAGCACAUUACAAGAGAAAAGGUCGAGAAAGAGCUCGAGAGCUUCCGCGGCAAGCAAACGCAGAUUCCGCCCCUGUACUCGGCUCUAAAGAUGAACGGAAAGCCCCUCUACGAGUACGCCCGCGAGGGGAAGCCCAUACCCCGCCGGAUUGAAGGCAGAGAGGUGGAGGCCCUCGAGGUCGAGCUCGUCGAGUGGUACGAGCCGGGCACCCACGAGCACCGGUGGCCCCUGGAGGAAGCCGGCGCCGCGGAGCGCAACCUCGCCGAGCAGGUCUGGCGGGUCAAGAAGAUGCAGGAGGAGUCCAUGAAGCUCACGCCGGAGGAGAAGGAGGAAGACGACCAGGCCAUCGCCGAGCACGAGUCUUUUAAGCGAGAGUUCGAGGAGCGACAAGACGAGCUCAUCCGCGACAAACCCCACAAGAAGAAGAAACCCGGCAAGGACCUGAUGAUGUCAGGCGCGCUCGGCGCGCUGCCCCAGCCGACGCACUCGUCCAAGGGCCUGAACCUGGUGCCCCCCUCGCCGGACAAGGACACGCCCCCGCCGUGGAACGAUAAGGGCCCCGCGGCGUGCAAGAUCCGACUGACGGUGACGUCUGGGUACUACGUCCGGAGCUUCUGCCACGACCUAGGCAUGAAGCUGGGCUCCGGAGGCAUCAUGGCCGAGCUAUGCCGCACCCGCCAGAGCGACUUCACCGUCGGCGGGACCAACACGCUCGAGUUUGACGAGCUGACCAAGGGCGAGGAGGUCUGGGGACCCCAGGUGGCCGACAUGCUGGCGCGUUGGAACGGCGAGCCUGAGGGCCAUUGGCCAGGAACGCCUUCGCUCAAGCGACCCGCGUCCACGCAGGGCUCGCCUGACAAGUCGCCCUUCAAGAAGGCUGGCCAGAAGCACGCCUUCUCGACCAAGGCCGAACCUCCCAUGACGAACGGCACCUCGGACAAGCGGAAGCGCUCCCCGGCGGACGAAGAGGCGCCCACCUCGCCGCGCAAGGUCACCGCCCUGCCGGCCAGCCCGGACGCCGCCAAGCCGGACCUCCUGGCCAGCGCCAGCCAGGCGCGGUCGUCCGACGACGAAAAGUCCUGGAACGGCAUCGAGGACUAA